UUAAAUAACCGGAAUCGGUUAAUAAAAAAAAUAACCGAAACCGGUUAACUGGUAUUUGCAUCUCUACCUACAACUCAAAGGCAUCUUCCUUCAUUUCGCUGCUGUCUGCAUCUCUCAUUUCCCCUGAGACUCGCUAAAUCUUCGUCAACACAAUAUCCACUAGUUAGGGUUUUACAUUUUGGAUGCAUCAUGACUAGUGGAAUUAGGCUUUUGUUCUCGACAGCGAAAACGUCGAGUAGUAGGAUGAUGACGUGUAACACUAUUCCAAAACCUAACAAUGUGAAUCAAGUUGUUGCGAAAUUGAGACCUUGUUUUAGUAGUGUAGGCCGUCAAUAUUUGACUAACCGAAGUAACAAUAUGAAUGUAGUUCCACCUAGAAUGUCGAACCUAAGCCUUGAGAGUAGUUAUCCGUUUUUAGGAUUAGGCACGGCGUGUUUGUUGAACCGUAGGUUGUUUUCGUCGUCUGCUGGUGGUAGUCGUGGAGAAAACGUGGCAAGUUCGGGUGCUAGUAGUACUAAUGGAGUUGACGGAAAUGAUUUGAUACAUAAAGUGAAGGAGGUUUGGGAGUCUGGUGUGAAUAUAGUUUCGCAGACUGGGGAAAAGGCGAAAGAAGCUUUAGGUGAAGCGUCUCCUCAUGUGGAGCAGUUACUUGAGACACAUCCGUAUCUUCGUGAUGUGAUUGUUCCGGUUAGUGGAACUUUAGCUGGGACUGUAGCUGCUUGGGCUAUCUUGCCGACAGUUUUUAGAAGGUUUCAUAAGUACUCUGAACAAGGGCCGGGUUCGCUUGUACCGGCGGGAUCAUUGUGGGGAGCGGUGCCUUAUGAGAAAAGUCUUUGGGGUGCUUUGGAAGUUCCAGUGAAGUAUCUCAUAACUUUCAUGGCGUUUUCACAGAUAGGUGCGAUGGUAGCUCCAACAACAAUUGCAUUGCAGUCCCUUGGACCUGUCUGGAAAGCUGCUGUUGUUCUCUCGUUUGUGUGGUUCUUGCAUCGAUGGAAGACAAAUGUCGUGAGUCGUGCUUUGGUUCUGAAAUCUGGUGCUGACCGUGAUAAGUUGAUGGCUUUGGACAAUUUCUCUUCUGUUGGUUUGUUUGUAAUUAGUGGCAUGGUAUUAGCUGAAGCCUCUGGGGUGGCUAUGCAAACUGUAUGGACUGUUGGAGGGAUUGGAGGGAUUGCAACUGCUUAUGCUGCUAAGGACGUCCUUGGCAAUGUCUUGAGUGGGUUAUCUAUCCAAGCUUCACAACCCUUUUCAAUUGGAGACACAAUCAAAGCUGGAGCUGUGGAAGGUCAAGUUAAAGAGAUGGGACUCACAACUACCUCAUUGCUUAGUGCAGAACAACAUCUUAUAGUAGUUCCAAAUUCGUUGUUCUCUGGUCAGGCUAUCGUGAACAAAUCACGUGUUGGAUGGCGUGCUAUGGUAUCCACAAUACCUGUGCAGAUUGAUGACUUCGAUAAGAUCCCCCUGAUAUCUGAGGAAAUAGAGAACAUGAUGAAAGCUAAUGCCAAUGUUUUCUUGGAAAAAGAUCAGCCUUAUUGCUAUCUCUCACGAGUGGAAAGAUCGUUUGCAGAGCUUAGUCUUGGAUACAACUUAAAACAGAUGAACAAAAACAAGCUAUUCGCUGCACAGCAGGAUCUUAUUCUCCAAUCUGCUGGGAUUAUUAAGAAGCACGGGGGCAUGUUGGCUAGGACAUGGGAAACAUAGAAAUUUGGUUAAUUUCUUGACUUAGAAACAAAUACUUCAACUAAAUAGGUUACCUAUAUGCCUAUAUCUCUACGGUGAAUAGUAAAUACUUGGCAAGAUGCUGGUUGAUAAGUACGGUUCCUCUUGGAUCAAGUCUUUUGAACUUAAUGAGCGCUAAUGUUUGACGAGUACAGUUUGUCACAGAUGUAGUCUUUUGAACAAAAUGACUGUUGGUAUUUGACAAGUAAAGUUCCGCACGAAUCAACUCUUUUGAACUCAAUGAGCAUUGAUAUCUUUGAA